AAAAUUGUCGCAAAUUUUGAUUUGAUUUUCUACAACAGAGUCCUCUGCAAGCAGCGCCAACCGAACAGACAGCAGACGAAACCACAAGAAGCGAUGGGCGACGAACCCUUGUACGCCGAGCCUGCGAAGCAGGAGGUUCCCGAGGUGCCUUUGUACGCCCCCAUUCCCAGCGACCCUGGUGCAGAGACGCUCAGCAGUCUUCAAGACCUCGUCGACGACAAGAAGGACAAGAAAGAGGAGAAGCCCAAACAAAGCGACAUGACACCACAGGAGCUUGAGUUUGAGCGACUUCGUCUCGAGGCGCUUGCAGCACGAGACGCUAAGCAGGAGCUGAAGAAGGCGGAUGACCCCACACCCUCGCGCCACGGCCCGACGGAGGAAGAGCGCCAAAAGCUGCUGCAGCAGGCACUCGCGCAGAAGGACGCGUCUGCCCGCCGCGGCCACUCGGGCCCGAGCAUGGAGGAGCGCAUGAGGUUGGCACAGCAGGCGCAGGCGGCAAUGGAGAAGGAGGCGACGCUUCCCCGGCAGCAGCGGAAAGUGCCGCCGUCCGCGGAGGAGCGGGCCCGUCUUGCUGAACAGGCGCUGCAGGCAGCAAAGACCUCGGCGGGCCACUCGACUGCGGGGCGGCGCGGUGGGCCGUCAGCGGAGGAGCGCGCGCGCCUUGCCCAGAUGGCCCUUGCCUCCGAGCGGAAGCAAUGACGACGUAUGACGACAGUGGUGAUGAGCGGUGCUGCUUUUGGGCUGCAUGCAAUGGUCGAUCAUGCCUCCGAUCGGUUGAUUGAUUGAUUCGUUGAUUGAUUGAUUGGUUGGUUAAUGAGAGGCACGCUCCCUUCCUGCCCUUACUAUGAUGUGUUGUAACGUCCUUCUGUUUCGUCAUGUAAUGUGUGUGAAUGCUGUCAUUACCCCUUGCUUGUCUUAUGUGUCUUAGUUUGUCCGUUGUUGUUUUCGGUAUUGGCUCCGUGAUUCCGCUUGACGUUGUUACAACUGCACUACAAGAAGACCAAAGCUUCAACGC